AUGGCAGAAUCGAGUAUCGACGAACCGAGCCAGACCGUCAUCGAAAAGGACAAGUAUAACGAUGAUGCAUGUUCCGUCAAUAGCUAUGAAGUCAAGGGCUUGAAGCGAGCACUAGAGCCGCGCCAUCUGACGUUCAUCUCUAUCGGAGCGUGUAUUGGCACAGGUAUAUUUUUGGGAAUUGGAGAGAGUCUGGCGAAGGGUGGACCAUUAGGUGUAUGGCUUGCAUACUCUUUUAUGUGCACCGUGGCAAUCGCUACCAUGCUCCUUGUCGGCGAAAUGGUCACCUUCCUGCCAGUACAAGGGGGCCAUAUCCGUCUCGCGGGUCGUUUUGUGGACCCGGCUCUUUCAUGCGCCAUGGGAGUCAAUUAUUACCUAUGUUGGGUCCUUAUCCUCGCCGCCGAGAUCUCUGCAUCGGCUGUACUCAUCUCAUUCUGGACGACAUCGGUCAACCCAGGAGUUUGGAUGGCAAUCGCUUUGGCAAUCGUCCUCGCCGUCAAUUUAUUCGGAGUUCAGUAUUACGGGGAGACUGAGGUUGCGUUCGCGAGUCUGAAGGUCAUCACGAUGGUGGGGCUUAUCAUCCUGUCUAUCAUCUUGGACGCAGGUGGCGGGCCAAACCACAAACCGAUAGGGUUUCAGUACUGGAGAAAUCCUGGACCGUUCGUUCAGUACCUUGGGAUACCGGGAUCGACAGGGCGCUUCCUCGCUUUCUUCUCCGUUCUCACUCAAGCUUCUUUCACUAUUACUGGUACCGAGAUGCUUGCGCUCGCAGCGGCUGAAACUCGUAAUCCACGCAAGGUAGUCCCGCAGGCCCUUCGUACUGUAUGGAUUCGUAUCGUCAUCAUCUACUUCCUCGGCUCCUUCGUGGUCGGUCUCGUCGUGGCCUCGAACAACGACGCUCUAGGAUCCACUUCUACCGCCUCCGCCUCGCCGUACGUUAUCGCCAUCCAAGCCGCCGGUAUCAAAGUCCUUCCAUCUAUCAUCAACGCCGCCAUCCUCACGUCCUCACUCUCUGCCGCCAAUUCGGAUGUCUACACUACGUCUCGUACGCUCCAUUCCAUGGCCACACAAGGUCACGCCCCUCGCUUCUUCCAACUCACCAACCGUAACGGCGUUCCAUACGUCUCCGUCAUCUUCUCGUGGCUGUUCGGCUGUCUCGCGUUCCUGGGCCUCAACUCCUCCGCCGAGAACGUCUUCGUAUUCCUCGUCAAUCUCACCGCCAUCUCAGGAACUAUCACCUGGCUCGUCAUCGCGGUGACGUAUGUCUGUUUCCGCCGUGGCAUGACGGCUCAAGGGAUCGACCGAGCCAUACUUCCUUGGAGGACCAGGUUAGGGUGGCCGGCGGCGGUGUGGGUCAUCUUUACGAUGACGAUCAUCAUGCUGUUCAGCGGUUGGGAGGUGUUCAGGCCGGGAGAAUGGAAUACGUCGACGUUCAUGUCGAAUUACCUUCCCAUUGGUUGGUUCGCGGUGUUCUACUUCGGGUAUAAGUGGUAUUUGAAGAGUCGUAUCGUGAGGCCACACGAGAUUGACUUUGUGAGCGACCUAGACGCCAUAGAGGCUGACGAAAAGAUGUACGAAUCGGAAGAAAAUACUUCGCCUGGCUUCCUUCGGAGGAUGGUGAAUACGGUUUGA